CAACCAUUGAACAGAGCAACAAACUUUUGCAAUCGACAGUUACAACCACUCUCUUCUUGAUUCCGAACAAACAAUGAGCUUCCGUCUCUUAACCAAAGCAUGGCGUCAACAGACCCAGUCCAUAAACCGCACCGCGUUUUCUUCCACACUUUCCCGCUCUUUUUCUCGCCAAUCUCAACGACCUUCAUUCGCCAUUGCUUUCGACAUCGACGGCGUCAUUCUCCUCGGCAAUACUCCUGUCGGCGGUUCUCCGGCUGCAUUGAGAAGAUUAUACGACACCGAAGGUAGAUUGAAAAUUCCUUACGUUUUUCUCACCAAUGGUGGUGGCAUUCCAGAAGCUAAAAGAGCUUCUGAGCUGAGUGAACUGUUGGGUUUAAAUGUCUCACCUUCACAGGUUUUGCAGGGCCAUUCACCAUUUAGACAAUUGGCCAAUAGAUUUCAGGAUAAACUAGUUGUUGCUGCGGGAAAAGGGGAGCCAGCUUCAGUGAUGUCUGAAUAUGGUUUUAAAAAUGUUAUCUCAAUUGAUGAAUAUGCAUCGUGCUUUGAAAACAUUGAUCCAUUGGCACCUUACAAGAAAUGGACAACCAAGCUGGAUGCUACCAAGAAUCCAAAGUUUGAUCAGAGUGGGCCACGAGUUGAUGUCUUCUCCGAAAGGGUUCAAGCAGCAUUCAUUGUUAGUGAUCCUGUUGAUUGGAGCAGGGACAUACAGGUUCUCUGUGACAUCUUGAAAACAGGAGGGCUUCCUGGAAGAAAUGUUGGAAUGCAACCACAUUUAUAUUUUGCAAAUGAUGACCUUGAGUACCAGACUAAAUUUCCUUCUGAGCGUCUGGGCAUGGGAGCUUUCAGGAUUGCAUUAGAAUCCAUUUUCAAUUGCUCUCACCCUCAUUCCUUGGAGUACACAUGUUUUGGCAAACCACAUCCAUCUGUAUUCAACAAUGCAGAAAUUGUGUUGCGGCAACUUGUACCACAACACUGUGAAGAUUUCAAUGAUGAUCAUAAAAACACUCAACGUUUUCAAACACUUUACAUGAUUGGAGAUAAUCCUGCGGUUGACAUCAGAGGUGCACGACAGACUGGCCAUCCUUGGUUUUCUAUUCUUACGAGAACGGGUGUUUUCAAGGGGAAGGAAAAUCAUGAAAAAUUUCCAGCAGAUCUGGUUGUUAACACUGUGGAAGAAGCUGUUGACUUCAUCUUGGCAAAGGAAUGUGCUGAUUCUUUGUAGGAAGUGUUCUAUAGAGAUAUUCCAUAGUUAAAAAUGUAAUUCUGUGAUAACCAAAACCAUGUAAUAAUUUAUGGCUUUAAUCCAGCCAGAAUCCAUUCAUUUGACACACGUAUAGUUGAUUAUUCCCCAUUCACUCGUGUUUGCUUUGCUUAUAGCUUUUAUUAGGCAGCUUAAUUUAGCUACACAAGCUGUAAUUUUAUUUCGACUGAGAAAAAGAUCAAAUGAAAUUGUGUCAAGUCA